AUGGCAACCCCACGACUCACCCAGUGCAAAUUCACGCUCGAGGAAAUCACCCCAGAUGAUAUUCUCAACAUUACCGCAGUCUGGUUCCGCGCCUUCAGUACGCCGGGCAACCGCGAAUUAUUUCCUGACACUCCCGGCGUGCGCGAUUGGUGGAACAAAGCAACUCUUUAUGAUCUCCUGAACAGGCCAUUUCAGAAAUACCUCAAAGUAAUCGAUCCUGCUCACCCUGACGAGAUUAUCGCGUACGGUAAAUGGGACCUGGACCCGGAUGCGUGCGGCGAGCGAUUCCCCCCGUGGCAUACAGAGUCAAAUGCCGAGCUGUGUAACCAGUUCUUCGGGGGAAUAGAGUGUCAGCGCAGAAAUCUGAUGCGAGGACGCAAGCAUUACUAUUUGGAUAUGCUGGCCACGAACCCUGAUCAUCAACGGCAAGGUGCUGCUUCUCUCUUGGUACAAUGGGGAUGUGCUCUUGCCGACCGCACUGGGGCAGCUAUCUAUAUCGCUUCGAGUGAUCAGGGAGCUGGACUGUAUCGAAAGUUCGGGUUUUCGCUAUUAGACGGCCUCGACGACACACCAAAGGGGGUCAGCCCCAUGGUCCGGGCGCCGAUGUUAAUGAACUGA